GGAACGACAGGUCUCAGGCCCCCAGGCGGGGCGGCGGGCACCGAGUCACCAGGCACAACCGUGGGCUCCGAGUCAACUGGUAUGACCGCGGGCACUGGGUCAGACAUUGGAUCGUCUGGCUGGACAGCGGGCACUGGGUCACCAGGCAUCAGGUCAUUUGGCUCGACAGCGGGCACCGCGUCAUCUGGCAAGGCAGUGGGCUCCGAGUCAACAGGCACGACAGUGAGCACCGGGUCAUUUGGCUCGACAGCGGGCACCGGAUCAGGUACCGGAUCAUCUGGAUCAACAGCGGGCAUCGAGUCAACUGGCCUAAUAGGAUCGUCAGGCUGGAUCAGUUCAUCAUGCUGGGUAGAGGCAUCAGGCUGAAUGCCGGCGUCCGGCUGAGUAGAGGCUUCAGGCCGAGUAGAGGCUUCAGGCCGAGUAGAGGCUUCAGGCCGAGUAGAGGCUUCAGGCCGAGCAGAGGCAUCAGGCUGAGUAGAGGCAUCAGGCCGAGUAGAGGCAUCAGGCCGAGUAGAGGCUUC